AACGUAUUUUUUCAGAUUCCAGAAGGGUAGGGCGCAGGGCGGCUGGCCCCCGCAAGAAAACACGGAUACGAGUCAGCUACUUCCUUAGCUGAACCGAUCGGCUCCCACAAUCGAUUGAUGUCUUUUACAGAUGAGAUUUAGGAUUUCGCCGUGCAUUCAGCUGGUUUGACGCUAAUUCGCAGUUGGUAGUCCCGAGAUCACAACUCGACAAAAUGACAGACUCCACGGUGGCCGACACUCGCCGGUUGAAUUCCAAGCCCCAGGACCUGACGGAUGCGUACGGUCCCCCCAGCAAUUUUUUGGAAAUAGACGUUUUUGACCCACAGAUCGUUGGAGUCGGACGGACCCGCUACACAACAUACCAAGUUCGCAUGAGGACAAACCUCCCCAUUUUCAAACUGAAGGAUUCCUGUGUGCGAAGAAGAUACAGUGACUUUGAGUGGUUAAAGAAUGAGCUGGAAAGAGACAGUAAGAUUGUAGUACCACCUCUGCCGGGCAAAGCACUGAAGAGGCAGUUGCCAUUUCUAGGAGGGGAAGGCCUUUUUGAGGAGUCCUUCAUUGAGGAGCGACGAUCGGGACUGGAGCAGUUCAUCAACAGAAUUGCAGGUCACCCCUUGGCCCAGAAUGAGCGCUGUCUUCACAUGUUUCUGCAGGAAGAGAGCAUUGACCGUAACUACAUUCCCGGAAAAGUAUGAAUGAAGUAAGUUUGCCUUGUUCUAUACUGCUUCUACUAGCUCUGAUCGCAUGGGCACUGUGACGACCAAUGGCGAUAGUUCACAAACCGUUGAUUCGACACUCUCCAAUUUGUCAUUUUAACAUGUAAUUAUGUGACUGACAUUUUGCCCAAAGAAAAUUGGAAAAUGAGAAGGAGUGAGUCAUCUGUUUGUUGCAAAGGGAAGAACAUUCUGCAAGCCAGUUUUGCGUAAAGGAACUGUUGCAAAAAAUAAGUGCCAUCUCUCAUUUUAAAAAUUGUUGAUGGUGUAAAUCGGCCGUUUAAACUGGCUCACAGAUAUUUCUCAGUGCACUAAAAGCCAGCAUUAGUGUUGGUGAGUGAUGUGAACUAUUGUUUAAUGUUUCUUUUCAGACUAAUUCAAAUACACUCGUUAUAAGCAGCACUAAUCAGAAUGCAUGGCAAAGUUGCACACCUUCUUUGUGCUAUAUAUGUGUGUCUGUCUUGCUCAAAAAAAACGAAUCACUAAUCCUGCUUUCCAGUCUGUUGAUUCAGCCGUUCAUUAACGUUCUUUUAAAGGUGAUAUCUGGAAAAAAUAUGUACAACAGUGACCUUUAGUGUUUAAAACUGUCACUGUAGUUCCAAUUCAAAAAUAUAGCCCGAAGCCACGGUUCAUGUAAGUUGCCAGAUCUGACAAAUUACGUACAUAAGAAGUUUUACUUAUACCCAGGUAUAUAGUACAUAAGAAGUUUUACUUACACACACAUACUGAACCUUUUUGGUAAAUUUUCACAUGUCGGAAACAGGUAGAGUUUGAGUGACAAUGACAAUGACAGUAACGGACAUUGAAACAUUAUAUAGGUUAAAUAUAAGUGAAAGUGAGAACAUUGGCUAUAACCUUAACCGACAUUCCCCAUUUUGCUUCCCUGUUCAGGAGAAAAGUAUCUAGCAAAAAAAAUUAUAGAUAUCAUGUUAGAUGUGAACAUCAGUGCAUGUUGCUUUUUGUUGAUGUGAUGCUCUGCAGAUGCUUCUCUUCUGACACUAUGGCAUAAUGUACUGCAUGUAGACCUGUGUAUAGUACUGUGUUUACCUUAUACUAGAGAUGUUAUGGCAACUCAUUUAAAACAACUGUGUCUAAAUACAACACACAAAGCAAAGUUCUGAUAGAGAAGAUUAUAACUCUCCACUGCUCUUUGUAAGAUUGUAGGCUUUAAGGUCAACAUACCAUUCGUUCUCGGGUCAUUUCCUUUUAAAGGUCUAGUGUGUAACAAUCACACCCCAUUUCCCAACUGAUGGAAGAGAAAAAAAGUGUAAUCAGCUUUGAACAGAUUUUUCCACCAUUGCGAAUGUGUUUAAUCUCUGCAAUGCAUGCUGGGUUUUAAUGUCUUCACCUCAGUUCAGCAUCAGAGAGAAAGUAAAACCUAAUAUUUAUUCUGUUAUUGCCAUACCAUAAAUGAGAACGUGUGAAUCUUUUUAUACUACACACCAAAGAUGGAGAAGAAUGUAGCCUUUCGUCCAUAUUUUGCGUUGAUUUUGUCCAUUGUGCGCCAAGCAGGGGAGCUCACGAUGCCGGACGAAACAGCGCAAUACCACUGAAAAUUGUGGGGGCAGUAUAGAGUCAAUAGUCCAAUCAGUCAGGAAAACGACAAAGAAGCAACCUAAAGUUGCAGUGAAACGGCUGUAAAACAUGCUGCCAGAGAUUACUGGUUUAUCCGGGCAGCCGGAAAGCUAACUGCCAGAGACUUGGCACUUCACUCACAGUCGCAAUGUGGUUUAAUUUGAGAAGCUAUCUAGUAAAGCAAGUUGUCCAAAGUUGCAGACAUACGGAAUUAAUAAUAAACCCCUUCAACGGUCGCUAUGUUUGUUGAUGCCUGCAACUUGGUGCUUGGCACUGCCCUUGAGAAGGAAGGAAGUAUUUCUGAGCUACAAGUUUGUGUCCUAAGCUUCAGUUUUUAGGUUUAAAGUGAUUAUAUGCAAACAUACUAAUUUGUAAUUUACUCCUCUGCCAAUAGAGUUACAUACUGGACCUUUAAUGCCUCAUUAGAUUUUUCUACGUACACUUUUAAAACACUUGGAAAAUGUCAAAUAUAGUGUCAUUCAUCAUAUUUUGUAUUUUUGUUACACUAUUGUGCCAUAAUAUCAUUGAGCGUCACUGUUAUUUGCAAAGAUGUGUGACUUUAAUGUUAUUUCCUCUCAUUUCCUGUCUUUUUCUCUCUUUCUCCGUUUAUUGCAAAGACAGACUGCUGCACCUGCCCCCUCCCGAGUACUUUUAUUUCUACGUCACGUCAUUAAUAAAGCUGGUGGAAAUGUCAGAACUGCUCAGUAGGAAAAACACAACUCUUGCUCCUGGACAAAAUUAAGAGCUCCAAAAGUAUAACAAUGUGUGAUGAUGUGUCCUUGUUCAGCCAUUCCACAUAUUAAAACUGUGUGUACAUUAUUUUUUUGAUUCAUUUACGUAAUGAAAAAGAGAACACAGUCCAUAUAUAGUAUAUCCUUUUGUCAUUUUCUCAUAGCGUUUUUUUUAAGGUGAUUGUUUUUUUUAAGAAAAAAUGUUUAAUUUCCUGCUUUGAUUCCUGUUUUCUUUUGCAAGUAGACGCCUGAGUUUAAUUCAAACCUCCCAAAGUCGAGCAACAUGUAGCAUCAUGAGAAACAAGACGGUGAUGUGUCAUUCCAGUCGGUUUAUUUUCACCUGAGAUUUUGAUGUUCUGCACUGAACUGCUCUUAGAGUCCAUUGUUUUUUUGUUUUUUUUAAAUGACUUGUUUUAAAUCCACUGUCUUGGCUCCAUCCCCCUGCCUACAUAUUUUUGGUUGUACUGUCAAAUCAGCUUAUUUGGGAAUGUUAACGUUUAGGUAAAAUAAACAUAUCUAAGCACUGUGACAAAACGGGUUCAUUAUAUGAACAAUAUUUCAUUGAAAUCAGCGUCUUGGUUCACUGAUCGAUACGCACUAAGGAUUAUUCUGUGCUUCUUUUCCAGCUGGUUUGUGCUUUUCAUCCAAAUUAUUGUGAAGUGUAUUAAUACAUGUUGCCAUGGCAGCUCUGCUGUCGGUGACAGGGGAAGGUCCUUGUCACUUCUUUCCUCCAAUUAAAUUCCCCCGCUGCCUGCUGCGUCAUGUCUACAUGUCUCUUUUCGCUUCAGAAGCCAGAUGAGUGAAACUCGGCUCAGUGACCGUUGGUGCGUCACAGUGACACGGAUCAGAGAGUCAUGGGAGCCGGACGUCUGGCUGUAGACUGGCAGGUGACCUCAUUUUACAAAGACAUGAAGCUGAGGGCAUAAAUAUUACACUAAAAAAAAUAUAUAUGUUUGUUUAUAGCAGUCAAAUCACAGAUUAUUAACAUGUGGUCUGGUUGGUAAAGGACCCAGAAAACUACUGGUGUAGAGAGAAAUGUCUAAAAAGCUUUGUUGAAAAAUAAAAAAGGAUUGAUUUAAAUAAAAAUUGCUUUGCCAAGCACCAUAUUAAACAGAAAUACAGACAAACAAAGUGCAGUACAUUUUAAAGACUAUUCACCAAAUACUCAAUAGUGCUCAAAAGAAUUAAAGGGCAGUUUUCCCCCCCUUUUUUUCUUUCCACUUGGUUAAAUGAGGAAUAAACUUAAAAUCAUUAUGA